AAAAAAUGUUCUACCGCGGCGAGUCACCGUUACAUAACGGAUAACGCGGGGUGAAAGAUGUGAUUUUUGUCGCGGCGUUAUAUAACGGGGUUUUGCGGAACGGCAAAUCCAAAAUUCGUUACAUAACGGCCGCUAUAUAACAGAACGGCCGAGUUUUAAUUCCAUGCUUCUCGCAAAUCCUCCAACAUCAUUCACCGCCAUAAAUACAAUUAAAUUCAAAAUUCAAAUUUUUUCGUUUGCAAAAUUUUCGAAUAGAAAUUUCUAAACUAUUCAUGUGGGAUCAAGUGGGCCAACUUUUCCUAGCCAAUAUAAGCCUUGUCUAUGUGGGGUACACAUAGACAAUAGUCUAUGUGUACCCUUUUUGUAAUUUGUAGCUUCAUUGGGGUUGGGUGGUUUACACUUUCAUACCUCUUGCUUUAAGUUGCUGCUUUUGGACUUUUGGAAAAGAUUUGACAAUAUAACGACAAAUCAAACACUACACAUUGGCUUUUCAAAUAACUGAACCAAUAAUUCCAGACCUGUGAAGGAUCAACAUUUCCUAAAGGUGACCAAAAACGAAACUUCAAAUUAUGCACUCUUGUUAAAAUACACUCCACAUUUACUACUGCAUAUGACAUGGUGGAGAGGAAUUUGGAGGUCCCAAAUGAAGGGGAUAUGGCAAGAAGCAAGAACCAACCAACCUAAAAGGUGCUGAACCUUCCUUCUGAUAAUAUUUUUUACUAAUCAUUUUUCGCCUGCUACAAUUACAAGCCUACAACAAAUUAAUCUAAAAAUAAGAUUAUCAUCUCAAUACUUAAGUAAUAAGCUACAAUAUCUGAUUUCAUGCCUUAUUCUAAGCAAAAUAUAGGUAUUAAAUGAGAAAUACUUGACAAUGGUCAAUUUUAAUACCUCCACUACCAACAUCAUGCCCCACUGGGCCACCGGGUACUUUUAUUUAUAUUUAUUUUUGAUGGCCUAGGCACCACCACAUUAUAAAUUAGAGCAUCCCCAAUAAUCCAGACAAAAUAAGCCAUUAGUGGAUUAUAAGAAAGCAACUAAGUUUUUUAUUACUUCCAAUAAAGUGACCGUUGUAAAUUGAAUUUUUCUUUCACUUUAGUAAUUCUUGGUAAGAAUAGGUAUUGAUACCUCUAGAUCUGCAAAUUUACUCUUCCCCAUGUCAAUAGAUAAAUAAAUAAAAUAAAUAAUUUAUAACUAAAUAAAUAAAUCAUAAAAAUCAAACCACUUAAAACAAUGAGUUUAUUGUAGCUUUUUGAAUUGUGAUUGCUUGUUAGGUGAAAUCCUGGUCCACAAGCACAUUAAGGAAGAAUUGGCACGAGUUAAAAGGUCCAAUAUUAGUCUACACUUGCAAAAGCAGGAAACUUCUAGGGAGAUGACUUCCACUAAUGGUUCAUCUAUGGCCAGAAAGAUUAUCUGAGCUUGCUCAGUAAUCCAACUAAACUUCUAUGCAGUCUUCACUCCCCAACUAAUUUGAUCAAUGGAGUCAGCCACCAAAACACCGCAAGAAGCGUUUCUCCUUAAGGAAACCAGACCUCCAAUAGGUGCCACUAUGAAGUUGCCAGGAUAUGAAGGCAUAUGCUCUUACGACCUUGUUGAACAAAUGGAGUACAUAUUUGUUCAUGUUGUCAAGGCCGUCGAUUUGCCCACCAAAGAUGCAAGCAAUGGAAAUUCCAACCUUUAUGCGGAAGUGAAACUAGGAGACUAUAAAGCAACCACUAGACAUGUCAAGGAUGUCAAUCCCCAAUGGGACCAGGUUUUUGCUUUCUCAAAGGAUCAAGUUCGAGCCUCAAUUGCAGAAGUUGUGAUUAAGGAUAAGACUGCAUUGGGAGAUGAGUUCAUUGGAAAGUUACCUGCCUUUGACCUAAACCAAACUCCAAAAUGUAAUCGACAGAUUCACUUGGCCCCACAGUGGUAUAAGCUGGUUGGUAUAGAUGAGGAUGCUGCAAGAGGAGAACUGUUGUUGGGUAUUUGGAUGGGCACUCAAGCUGAUAAGAUUUUCCCCCAGGCUUGUCAUUCUGAUGCGGCGUCGAUUGCUGGUGAGUAUCUUCUUCCAAAGCUUUGGUAUGUUAGGGUUAAUGUCAUUGAAGCUCAAGAUCUGGUACUUAGUGAUAGCCACAGAUUACCAAAGUUGCAAGUGUUGGCAGUAAUAGGGAAUCAAACUUUUAGAACUACGACCAGCGCCUUUAAGGGCACAAACCCAAUGUGGAAUGAGGAUUUGCUAUUCAUAGCUGCUGAACCUUUUGAGGAACAUUUGGUUUUGACAGUAGAGGACAUAGGGGGAUUGGGUAGACAUGAAAUCCUUGGAAGGUGUAUGAUUCCAUUACAACAACAAGAGCGUAGGUUGGACCAAAGGCCAGUGGUGAGUAGGUGGUUUUCUCUUUCAAGGGCUGGCAUUGUUGACGAGUCUAGAAGACAGGGAAGAUUUAGUAGCAGAAUCCACUUAAGAAUUUGUUUGGAGGGUGGAUACCACGUCUUAAGUGAGGCAACAAAUUAUUGCUCUGAUCUUAAACCAACAGGAAAGCAGCUGUGGAGGGCACCAAUUGGAAUCUUGGAAGUGGGAGUUAUAAGUGCUCAUGGAUUAAUGCCAAUGAGAAAAAAGAAUAAUGGAGGAAGAACUGACGCUUAUUGCGUUGCUAAAUAUGGAACGAAAUGGGUUCGAACACGGACAAUUACAGACAGCUCUAAUCCAAAGUGGAAUGAACAGCAUCGUUGGGAGGUUUUUGAUCCAUUUACAGUCAUCACCAUUGCUGUGUUUGAUGAUUAUCACUUUCAUGAUUAUGGUGGGGAAAAUGACUCUGGCAUGGGCAAGGUCAGAAUUCGUGUUUCUACCCUUGAAUCUGGACAGAUUAACAGGCAUAGGUACCCACUACUAGUCCUGCAUUCCUCAGGGGUGGAGAUGAAAGGGGAAAUUGAACUGGUGGUAAGGUUCACUUGUACAUCAUGGAUUAACAUGUUGCAACUUUAUUCAAGACCUCUGCUCCCUAAAAUGCACUACAUUUACCCGUUGAGUGUACGGCAGCUUGACACCUUGAGAGACAUAGCCACUCAGAUAAUCUCAAACCGGCUUGGUAAGGCGGAACCGCCGUUAAGAAAAGAGAUUGUUGACUACAUGCUAGAUGUAGACUUGAAUAUUUGGAGUUUAAGAAAGAGCAUGGCAAAUUUCCUCAGAUUCAUGAAUUUUCUGAGAUGGUUUGAUCAGAUAUAUAAGUGGGAGAGGCCUUUUCUGACUAUUUUCUUCCACAUUCUUCUCACAACUCUUUUGCUCUACCCUAAGGCAUUGCCAUCCAUUAUCUUUUUCUCACUCUUCUUGAUUAGCAUCUGGAACUACAGAUGGCGGCGUGCUUGGCACCCACCUCAUAUGGACUCUCACUUGUCUCUUGGUGAUAUUGAUGACCCUGAUGAUCUUGAUGAGGAGUUUGAUACAUUCCCAACCUCCCAACCAUCUUAUAUUGUCAAAAUGAGAUAUGAUCGUCUCAGAAGUAAAGGGAGUAGGAUACAAGCUGAAUUAGAGGAGUGGGCUACUAUAGGUGAAAGGUUUCAGUCCCUAAUUACCUGGGCAGAUCCUAGAGCAACUCCAGUGUUUUUGCUUUUCUGUAUUUGUACCUCUGUACUAUUAUAUUUCAUAGAAUUCAGGAUAAUUGCAGCUAUACUCGGCUUUUACCUACUGAGACACCCAUGGCUCCGCAUCAUCAAGUUUCCUAAAUCACUAGUCAACUUCUUCACAAGGUUGCCUUCUAAGGACGACUUCAUGUAUUUGUAAACACUAACACAACUUUUUGCUUUGAUGAUAAAAAAGCAGUGAAUUCCAGUGAGAUGUAAAAGGUGCACUCGUCUGAUCUUUUGUUUAAAACAUACAACUGUAACCUCAUUUAUUCAAGAUUUCAAUGAAUUGUUAUACAACUUAGAA